AAAGUUUAAGAACCAUCAGAGAAUUUUCAAGAGAUAUGGCGCGCCCCACCUGAAAGUUUAACUGUAAACUUAAACACUUUGCAUAUACAAUUUUCAAUCUAAAAUAUCUGAAUGGAUCUAGGCGACUCCAAACUGCGGGCGGUUAGAGUCCUGGGCCAGGGCUCCUUCGGACGGGUGUUCCUCUGCUACCAGUCAGGCCGGCAAGUCUGCGUCAAGCGGAUCAUCGUUCGCAAUCCCAAGACAGAGCUGGGACUUAUCAAGGAGGAGGUGUACAUCAUCUCGCAGCUGCGCCAUCCACAUAUCGUCCAGUUCCUGCGCUCGUUUACCCACGCCGGCACCGUGAACAUAGUCAUGGAAUACCUGCCCAACGGAACACUAAGAGAUGUGAUCCAAAAACUACCUCCAGGCACUGGCGGAAUCCAUCAGGACCGACUUUUACGUUUCUUUCGGGACAUGGUCUUGGGCCUGGAGUACCUGCAUAUCCGUUGCGUUAUCCAUCGGGACAUCAAGCCAGAGAACAUGCUGCUGGACGCCAAGGAUCGCGUGAAGAUAGCCGACUUUGGCAUCUCCAAUGUGCAUGCACCCAGCACCCAAUCCCAGACGGUCAUGGGCACUCCCCUGUACAUGGCCCCGGAAGCCAUGAAUCCGACGGGCAAGGCGGGCUUUAAGUCUGAUAUCUGGUCCCUGGGACUGGUGGUCUACGAGCUGUGCAUCGGACACAGUCCCUUCACAGUCAUCUAUGGAUCGGGAACUACGCCGGAGCAGCUUCAGAGCGUAAUUCAUACAAUUUCCAGUCCCAAAUUGGAUUGCCUGCUUAUCCGGCGGUUCUACGAUCCAGUGUGGUCGCGUCUUUGCGAAAUGAUGAUUGUAUACGAGCAGGAGCGCCGCAUCUGCUUGCCGGACAUAUAUCACGUGGAUGCCGGCAUCACAUCGGCCCUCUAUAGGCAUUACUUUGAUUACAAAUAUUAAAAAAUCUGCGAUCCACCGUCGCCAAAAGUGUUCAGUGUGUAGGCUUAAGUAAUAAACUAUUUUAUGGACUAAG